AUGGCCGUCCCCCAAGAGCGCGCUGCCGCAAAUGUUGCGAUGUUGGACGCAGAUCUGCCGCCCGGCCAAGGACUGGAUGAGAAGCUCGAUGCGCCGUCUGAGGAAGGGGCGAAGACGCUCACCUCUGGUCUAAGUGAGCACGACAAACAAAUCAUCGACACACAAAUCGAUGCCCCGAAACUCAGCGUUGGAUACUUCGCAUUGUUUCGGUAUGCGAACAAAAAGCACACAUUGAUUAUGAUCGUGUCGCUCAUCGCCUCUAUUGCAGCUGGAGCUGUGAUGCCCUUGAUGACACUUAUAUAUGGUAAUUUCGCCGGCAGCUUCACAAGCCUCUCUGUGGAUGCUGUUGCAGCUGAACACUUCAAAAGCCAGACAAAUCAGUUCACCUUGUACUUUGUCUACCUGGCCAUCGGUUCUUUCGUCGCAACAUACAUCAGUAUCAUUGGAUUCUCUUACACGGGAGAGCAGAUCACCAAGCAGAUUCGCGAGCUCUACCUUCGCGCCAUCUUCAGGCAGAACAUUGCCUUUUUCGACUUCCUUGGAUCUGGAGAGGUUACCACCCGUAUCAGCUCCGACAUGAACCUGGUCCAAGACGGCAUUGGUCAGAAGAUUGGUCUUUUCGUUGCUGGCGUCUCCACGUUCGUCUCUGCCGUCAUCAUUGGCUUCAUCCGGUCCUGGAAGCUAUCUCUGAUCAUGCUGUCCGCUACGGUCGCCCUUGUGCUCAUGAUGGGCGUUAACGGCACGUUGAUGAAGAAGAACCAGACACUCGCAAUCGAUGAGAACGCUAUCGCAGCGUCUCUAGCUGAAGAGGUCCUAGCCUCUGCUCGCAACGUAGCAGCGUACGGCACUCAGAGGCGUCUUCAAGAGAAGUACAAGAUCUUUCUGGACAAGGCAACUGGGUACGACUUCAAAGCCAAGUUCUGGCUGUCAAUGAUGAUUGCCGGAAUGAUGUGCGUACUAAAUCUGCAGUACGCACUGGCAUUCUGGCAGGGAAAGAGGUUCCUCGACAAUGGCGAGUUGGGUGUCGCGAACAUCCUGACAGUCGUCAUGUCAACGAUGAUUGCAGGUUUCUCCAUUGGCUCCAACCUUCCGCAUCUCCAAGCUUUCGGCGGAGCUACUGCAGCAGCUACGAAGGUCUUCAACACCAUCGAGCGCAAAUCGCCCAUCGAUCCCGAGACGGAAGCAGGCGAGAUCCCAGAGGACUUCAUCGGCAAUCUUGAGUUCAGGGAUCUUAAGCACAUUUACCCGUCUCGCCCGGACACGGUCGUGCUUCAAAAUUUCAACCUCACAGUUCGGACUGGGCAGAUGGUAGCGCUAGUGGGAGCGUCUGGAUCAGGAAAGUCAACCAUCGUUGGUCUUCUGGAGCGGUUCUAUCUCCCCAUGGAGGGCCAGAUCUUCCUGGACGGCAAAGACAUCAGCACGUUAAACCUGAGGUGGCUGCGACAACACAUGGCCAUUGUCAGUCAAGAGCCGGUUCUCUUCAGCACUACUGUAUACGAGAGUAUUGUGCAUGGACUGGUCAACACCGACUAUGCUGAUGCAUCGGAGGCAAAGAAGAAGGAACUCAUCGAGAACGCGGCCAGGAUUGCUAACGCACACGACUUCAUUACCAGCCUACCGGAGGGAUAUCAGACAAAGGUUGGAGAGCGGGGUAACCUCUUGAGUGGUGGUCAGAAGCAGCGUAUCGCCAUUGCCCGCGCUAUUGUGUCGGACCCUAAGAUCUUGCUGCUUGACGAAGCCACUGCAGCCCUGGACACCAAGUCUGAGAGCCUUGUGCAAGAUGCGCUUGACCGUGCCGCAAAGGGCCGCACCACUAUCGUCAUUGCUCAUCGUCUCUCCACCAUCAAGAAGGCUGAUAACAUUGUCGUCAUGGCAAAGGGCGAGAUUGUAGAGACUGGCACACACGAAAGCCUGAUCCGUGCUAAAGGUGUCUACGCAAGUCUCGUGCAGGCGCAGGAGCUUACUCAGAAGGAACAGACUGGCAGCCGCCUGUCUGGUACAGAAGAUAUCGAGAACGAGAAGGUCGCAGAAAUCGAAGGAGAGAAGCAUGCAUUGAUGCGCACGGUGACAUCUGCUCCCUCCAUCGUCGCGACGAAGGAUGAAAAGGAGGAUCUGUACGGCACCUGGGCAUUGGUCAAGUUUGCGUGGGAGAUGAACAGGGGCGAACACCAGACCAUGGCCUUUGGACUGAUUUUCAGUUUCCUUGCCGGAUGCAACCCAGCGAUCCAGGCCAUCUUCCUCGGUAACUCGAUCAACUCGCUCCUGUCGCCAGGAACAUCGCUGGGAGGUAACAAUAUCAACUUCUGGUGCUGGAUGUUCUUCAUGCUGGGUUUGGUCAUUGGUUCGUUCUACUGGGCACAGGGUAUGACGCUGUCCAAGGGUUCUGCCCGCCUUAUCGGUAACGUGCGGCAGCGCGCGUUCGCAGCUAUGCUUCGCCAGGACAUGGAGUUUUUUGAUGGCGAGACGGUGACGUCGGGUGCUCUGGCUAGUUUCCUCUCAUCGGAGGCCAACCGUCUCGCUGGUCUUAGUGGGGCCACGCUCGGUACGAUUGUCAGCUCAGCCGCAUCGAUAUUUGUGGCCAUUAUCGUCGGCUGCUCUUUUGGGUGGAAGCUGGCGCUUGUAUGCACGGCUACCAUCCCGCUCUUGCUGGCCUGUGGAUAUUUCAGGUUCUACGCUCUCAUUCGCAUGGAGAAGCGAAACAAGGAAACCUCCGAGGCUGCUUCGUUCGCCUGCGAGGCCGCCUCGUCUAUCCGCACCGUCGCCUCGCUGUCGCUCGAGCAUCACCUUCUGCGCGAGUAUCACGAGAAGCUCGGCAACCAGGCUGCUGGUAAUGUGGUCUUCAACAACAUCUCGGCAUCACUGUACGCCACUUCGCAGGGACUGUCCAUGCUGAUUUUUGCUCUGGUCUUCUGGUACGGCGGUCGUCUUCUGCUGGCAGGGGAGUACACUGUCUUGCAGUUCUUCAUUGUGUACUCGGCCAUCAUCAACGGUGCGCAAUCGGCCGGCGCAAUCUUCUCGUUUGCACCAGACAUGGGUGAGGCGCGUGACGCAGCCAAGCUACUCAAAUCGUUCCUCAACCGCAUGCCCAAGAUCGACCACUGGUCUCCCGAGGGCAGGAAGAUUGAACGUCUCAGUGGCCGCGUCGAGCUCCAGGGCGUGCGCUUCACGUACCCAGGACGGCCAGACCACCGUGUUCUUCGUGGGAUUGACCUCACUGCCGAGCCAGGGCAGUUCAUUGCGCUUGUUGGUGCGAGUGGCAGUGGCAAGUCGACGGUGAUGCAGCUGCUCGAACGCUUCUACGACCCCACCACGGGGUCUGUCUUGGUUGACGGCGUUGACCUGCAGGAGUACAACCUGCAGGAGUACCGCGCUCAGCUGGCGAUUGUGAGCCAGGAAACCACGCUGUAUACCGGUACGAUCCGCGAGAACAUCUUGGCCGAUAAGGAGGAUAUAAGCGAGGAAGCUGUUGUGCAGGCUUGCAAGGACGCGAACAUUUACGAGUUCAUCAUGAGUCUGCCGGACGGCUUCUCCACUCUGGUCGGAGCCAAAGGCGCGCUUCUCUCCGGCGGGCAGAGACAACGCCUCGCGAUUGCGAGGGCGCUGCUCCGCGAUCCCAAAGUUCUACUCCUCGACGAAGCCACAUCAGCACUCGACUCGACGUCGGAGCGUGUGGUGCAGGACGCUCUGGAUGCGGCGGCGCAGGGACGUACCACGAUUGCUAUUGCGCAUCGUCUCAGCACGAUCCAGCACGCCGAUGUGAUUUAUGUGUUCGACGCGGGCAAGAUUGUGGAGAAGGGGCGACACGACGAGCUCGUGUCGCGGCGGGGGGUGUACUUUGAGCUGGCGCGGCUGCAGAGCAUGGGAGCGCCGCAGUAG